CAACGACAGUGAGGCCAAAAUGGCGAAUCAGUUCAAUUAUCGACUGUUAUAAUUUAUUUGUUUUAUAAUUGGUCCAAAAUGUUGCUUCAAGAACCCGUGCAGGCAGCUAUCUGGGACUGUCUGCAGCAUUAUGGCUACAGAGAUGCCUUGUUCUUGGCUGAUAGACUGUAUGCUGAAGUCAAAUCAGAAGAAACCUUGUACCUACUGGCGACCUGUUAUUAUCGGUCUGGAAAGGCACGGCAGACGUACGCUCUACUGAAGAAAAGGGGACAGAACUCGCCCGACAACAAAUUCCUUUUCGCAAAAUGUUGUAUAAACAUUGGAGAGUAUGCAGAAGCAGAGUUGGUGUUAGCUGGGAAUAUCUUAACAAGACAGUUGACAAUGGAAGACAUAGAGAAACUAUACGGAACUCUAGCUAGUCAUGUGUUUAAUAUACUUGGUGCUAUUUAUAGCCGGACUGAAAGAACUCAGAAAGCUAUAGAGUGUUACAAGCGCAGUUUAAAAUUAAAUCCAUUACUGUGGUCAUCUUUUGAAGGCUUGUGUCAUUUAGGUGAAAAAGUAGAUGUGACCACAGUCUUUCCAGUCCCGACGACGGCCUGCACCAAUGUGAUACUCCAGAAUACCCGGGACGCCCACACCGCCCAAAACACUCCACCAAUCAUCGUAUCUGAGAUUCUGAACACGAUUCCAGAAUCCCCAAUCACCACUGCCCCCACCCCUCCUGUCAACUCCACGACCUCGGGUGGCAAUCUUGAUAGUCUCAUGUUGGCUCCUGUGGUGCCCCAGGAAGGUGUGGGGCAUGUUGCAGGGCUGGGUGAGGCCCUUACACAGGUGACUCCGCAGCCCUUCCAGGUGCCGGUUCCCCCUCAGUCACUGUGUACUCCGCAUAAUGAGCCAGUUAUGAAGUUGUUGCAGACACCAGAAACUGGGCUUUUGGAUUUUACUGACCACACACCUGAAAACUGCAAGGGCAAUGUGUAUGAGCAGGUUAGAGACAGUAUCAGCAAAGCCCCUACCUCCCAUAAACACCGUCAUAUGGCCUCUGCCCUCCUGGGCCCCACAUCAGCAGCCAGCCUCUUUCAGGAGUUGAGAGGAGACCACUCACCCAGUUUCGGGAUCCUGCCCAUGGGUACUCCGCCCGCAGAAGUCAAGUCAACCAUGUUUAUUACUCCCUCUCCUGUCACAAUGCAGGAAACAAUCAACGAGUCAAAGGCCCCUAGAAAGCCUGUGACACGGAGAACGAAUCCCAGUAAGACACUGAUGCCGAAACCUCCUACCUUCAACUCUACGGGAAACACCCAGGAAAAUAACACACUCAAUGCUCAGAAUAAUCCACCAAAUGUACGGAGAAGUUCCAGACUCUUCAGUCAUUCAAAUUCCAGUUCAGUUAAGGAAAACAACAAACAGCAAGGCAAGACUCGGUUCACGAGUCCGAAGGGUAUAGGCCGGAAAUCAAAGUCUCGUCUGAAUAAGACGAAGACGGAGAUCGGGGAAAACCUGAAGGGAGAUUUAAUCUGUGAUAACAAACCUGUUACCAUCAUGGAACCCCAGCAGCCCCAACUACAGCUCGCCCAGAUGCAGCAGCAGUCUCUAGCUGGUAUACUAAGCCUCCUCCAGUCUGUUGCCCAGGCGUAUCUUGCCCUGGCCCAGUACGAAUGUCGCCGGGCCAUAGAGCUGUUCUAUGACCUGCCCCCACACCAGAUGGAAACCGGCUGGGUAAAGUCUCAAAUUGGCCGUGCACUAUUUGAACUGCAAGAAUUCCAUGAGGCAGAGAAAAUAUUUAAGGAGAUUCUUCGUAGCGAGCCAUACCACAUUGAGGGCAUGGAGAUUUACAGUACAACAUUGUGGUUCCUGCAUAAAGAGGUGGAGCUGUCGUACCUCGCACAGGAACUUACCAGCAUUGAUAAAAACUCUCCAGAGGCUUGCUGUGCGACAGGGAACUGUUUUAGUCUUCAGCAGGAGCAUGAGACAGCCAUCAAGUUUUUCAACCGAGCCAUGCAGUUAAACCCCUGGUUCGCAUAUGCCUAUACCCUGUUGGGCCACGAGUUUGUGUAUACAGAGGAACUAGAUAAUGCGAUGGCAUGUUUCCGGAGCGCUAUUCGGGUCAGCCCUCGACACUAUAAUGCCUGGUUUGGAGUAGGUCUAAUAUACUACAAGCAGGAGAAGUUCCGAUUGGCUGAGAUCCACUAUAGGAAAGCUCUCUCCAUAAACCCACAGAACUCGCCGCUACUCUGUAACCUUGGCAUGGUGCUGUUCUCUCAACAGAAGUCUGAGCACGCCCUGGCCACCCUUGAUCGAGCGAUCGCCCUUGACCCCAAAAACCCGCUUGGAAAGUUCCAUAAGGCUACUGUACUUUUUGCUAAACAGAAAAAUAAAGAAGCGCUAGAUGAGCUUGAGGAACUGAAGAGGAUUGUCCCAAAAGAAUCUCUUAUUUAUUUCUUAUUAGGAAAGGUUUACAAGAAGCUGGGCAGCACAGACCUGGCACUGAUGAACUUCUCCUGGGCCAUGGACCUGGACCCUAAAGGCCUCAAUAACCACAUUAAAGAGUCUAUAGAGAAACACUUCAACAUAGAGGAGGACGACUCACUGGCCAGGCUUAAUGUAUCUGAUGUUCCUGGUGUGGAUGUGUCGGGCAGUAACUCCUCACUGAUGGAUCCAGAAGACAUGUUACAGGCCGUCGAGAGUGAUGAGAGCUUGUGAUGUAGGCCGUGACAUAGUAAACAGUCAAAGUAGACACCUGUGUAUGGGUGGAUUCCAGGAGAAGAUGGAUCAUGGAAAUGGUGGUGCCAGACUAAAUUAGAAAAUACGGAGUAAGCCAUUGUGGUACCAGUCUGUGUAGGAACCGGUGUGUUGGGGAAAUGGUGAAAAUAUGGAACAUGGAAAAUUGAUACUAGUCUAUGUAAAUGUUAAGAAAGUAAUGAUGGAACAGCCUUAAAGAGAAAUGUAAAUGGUACCAGUCUAUAGAGAAAACAGACUGCGUAGAAUCCAGAAACCAUUUUUUUUUUAAAGGAACUUGUGUUUGGGAUAAGUGGUACCAGUCUAUUUUAUGAUAAAGGAAAAUGUGUAGGAACCAGUCAAUGUAGAACCGGUGUAUGUACAUUGGAGAAAAUUGAUACUACUUUAAAGAUUGGCUUAUCAGCAUUAAAUAUUAAAUGGAACCAAAUAACCAUGAAACUAGUGUUGGAAUACAUUCAGUUUGUUUCUUGUUUGUAAACUGGUGUCUCUGUGAAGGAGAUAAUUCAUUUACUAGUAAUGCUGGUGCCAGAUUAGACAAGACUCUUGUUGGAUGUGACAAUUAAGGUGUUUCUGUAGAGAAAACUGGCUAGAGACUUAAAAAAAAUAUUUCUGUAACAUUACUUUUAUCGCUCUACUAAAACCUACUGUAAAUGUCAAAUUUGACAUCUGUUGAUAAGUCAUGAAAUAUAUGACAUGUAAAUUACAGUAUAAGAUUAAGACUUAUAUCGUAUAACCAACAUUCCAUGUACCACUCCAGUAUAGUAUAGUAUUGUUGGUUAUACGAUAUAAGUCUUAAUCUUUAACGAAUUAUGACGAAACAUUACCUCAGAGAAUGUGCCAGUAACUUUCUAGAAAAAAAGCAAGCUGUUUUAAUUAAGUAAUAAUAGCUUAACCAAUGAGUUUUACCUUAUUGUAUUUUUCCCACAAAUGCUUAAGUGAGGCCAUUUUUCAUGUUGCAUAACAGCUUUUACUAGAAUGUUACGCCAAGACAUCCUUGUCAGUGAUCGUCAUGGUAAAUUUAUGGUGUUGUUGGUACUCUUUUGUUAAAGACAAAGAAGCAAUAAUCCUUGCUCAAUUGAGAUUGACAGUUUCCAUCCUUGGUUGUAUGUGGUUAUUUAUUGCACGCCUUGAGGUGUAUGCGCCUAAUUCAUUGCUUCAAAUCUUAUAUUUUCUGUCUCUGUAUUUAAUCUUAGUUUCUCAUUUCAAUUCACAAUUGUAAAUAUGGUCUGUUAAUUAUCAUUUGUUGCUAUGAAUUUUCAUUUUAAUGCAAAACUUUCAAUAGCUUGUCUGUUUUGAUAUCGCCUGUGUGGCAUAGUAGACAUACAGAGAUAAUGAUGUCCAGUGGUUGCGUUCACGUCAUUUAUUCAUUUCCACUAGCUUUCUUUCACAUUUUUUUACCAAUCUUUAUAAAACUUACUCACUAUGUUACUUACUCACUUUCUAACUUUGGCAUUUUUGAAACAAUCUUUACCAAAUUUCGGCUGCUAUGUUUAUUGACAUAAUAUAUCGCCAAGUUUGAUCAACAGUCAGAUCAUUAAUUCUUGAGUUGCGGCCCUUGAUUUGUCAGCAUUUUACCAAUUUCACAUUUUCCACUCUCUAACUUAGCAUUUCUUAUCCAAUCUUUUCCAGACUAUGAUGUUUAUGGGCAUGAUAUAAGAAUGUGUAAAUUGUUAAAAUCGUUAAUUUGGUAAAGUUUUAUCAAUUUCAUAGGAUAUAAUUUUGAAUAAAUAAUGUGAUAUGCUUGUUUAUCAGAAAGGAUUGAGAUCCCUAUUACCAUUGUCACCCUGUUUGCAUAGGAUUGGAAAAGUAAGGGCCAUCACUCUAGAGAGAAUAGCUUGAUGUGGCAGUUUAUCAAACUGUUCUGAAGUUUUAUACCCUUUAACAUUGUAACCCAUUAAAUAAAAGAUAAGAUUACUAAUUCUCAAAAAGAAAGCAGUCGCAGACAAUGUGGUCACAUUUUGACAAUUCUAGGGGCUUUUCACAAAAAGGUAUAUAAUGUUCAGAUGAAGUACCAUACAAUCAGGACCUUGAUUCAAUUAUAUACUGUGACAACACAAUGUUUGGCUUCCGCAAAAUUAUCUUAAUAGCAAAGGCAUAACCAUUUUAUUUCAAAUAUUUUCCAUGCUUUUCUUGAAAUACAAUUAUUGAUUUAAGUUGACAUUGUAUUCUUUAAAGCCUAUGUUAUAAAUGCUAUUGAAUGUGUAUGACACACAAAAUAUUACUACUAAAUUUGUUUCGACAUGAUGGUUGCUCUGCGCAAGCGACAUGUUUUAUUCCGCAAAUAUGUAUAGUAUAUUGUAGCAGGCCCUUAUAUACAGAUAGUAUAUAAUCUGAGACCCUGAAUAUAUGAAUGGUAUAUCAUUGGAGGAGCCCAUAAGUAUUAAUAUAUUGUCUGAUGCCCCACAUAAAUAAAUGGUAUAUUAUAUGGGGCUUCCAUAUACGAAUAGUAUAUAAUAUUGUUCAAGACAAUGGUGGGAUUUUUUUAAAGCUGCACUCUCACAGAUUGAACGUUUUGAUAACUUUUUAUUUUUUGUCUUGGAACGAGGCAAUUUUUGCAAAAAUCAAUGGGAACCAGUUAUAAAAGACUGCUGACAAAAAAAUAGAUCGCAGAGUUUUAUAUGUAAGUUCAAAAAUUGAUGUUUUAUGCAUUUUUUUUUUAACCGUUAGUAACGGUUUAAGCCAUAAAAUAUUAAUUUCGAACGAAAAUAUGAAAAUCUACGAUCUGAUUUUUUGUCAGCAAUCAUAUAAUUGGUUUGCAGAUAUUAAGCAAAAAUUUGCUUUUUCCAAGACAAAACAUAAAAAAAUUGUUAAAACGGUAUAUCUGUGAGAGUGCAGCUUAAAAAACAUCUAACAUUUGAAUAUUUUCAGCAUUGGAAAUGUUUGCUUAGUGAUUUCUUCAAAUAUAGCAUUUCUUUCUGUUAAAAAUUUAAAGGAAUUGCUUUUUUACCUGCUAAUGAUCGUACAGAAUGAACGUUUAAGUAGAUGGAAUUAUUUCCUGAAGCAUUUUAUAGGUGAAGAGAGAAUUAAUAUUAUGUAUUAAACUAAAACAAAAUCAUAUUAUCUGAAAGCUUUCUCUAUUAGGCUUAAAAUGGCGUGGUAGUUCCCUCAUAUAAGGUAAUCGAAACUGUGCGUGGGGGCUAGGCUAGGAUUCAUCGUCAUUUACUGUCGUUAAUUGCAUACUCAAUAAUUCUGAAACCAUGUAAUACAAAGCAAUCAUUUAGGGAGAUAUGCCUUGCAUUUUGCCGAGUCGAUUAGCUUUUGUUAUUUAACACCAUGUUUGCUUAAGUAAUGCAGCGGAAUUAAGGUAAUCCAUCCAUCCACCAUUAAAACAAUCACUACUGGUAAAGUUUCAUUUAAAAGUGAAAAAAAAUAAUGGUUGAAUAUUUUUAAAGUUUCAUCGAGAGCUUUUUGUGACAUUAUGUGAUUUAAGAAACCAAUAAUUAAAUGCUUUAUUAUCAUAGUAAAGUUUAGUUUAAUUACCUGCCUUUAAUGCAUCAUAUUAUAAUAAAGGACAUUAUGGCAUUAUUGAAAAAUGUAAUCCAUGUAAAAAAUAUCAUUAUGGUUAAUCAAUAUAAAUUAAAAAUAGGAAAAAUCUUGGAUAUGUUAAAUGCACUAACACACCUUUGCAACCUAUUAAAUGUCAUUCUUGUACACCAGAGCGAUGGUGCUAUGUGGGUAGAUUUAUCAUUAUCAAACCUCUGAUGAAUGAGAAUGAUUAAAUGUUGGAUGGCUUACCUUAAGCUCAAUUUGAGGUUAAAACAGUAUAGCUUCUUUCAUUCCAUUGAUUUCCUACUGUGAAAAAAUUCCUUUAUUUAAGCCUUUUGUCAUUGCCGUAUUUGUCUUGUCAACUUUAAUGCAUUCUCUCUUUUAACUAUUCAGUUAGCAGACCAUUGUUGAAAUGUAUUAUAAUAGUGUUCAGAAAUAUGACAUAUUGUUCAUAAAUUUAAAAUGAAAAAUCUCAUUUGUAGCUACACUGAGCCUCAAUGUAUUGUGAUAAUUUUGAUGAUGUCAUUUGAGUGUCAUAAUUCAAUAAACACAUUUAAGAUAUUCAAAUGAAACUUAGUAAUAAUGUAACCAGAGCCAUUAUGCAUCUGAUGAGUAAUGCUCAAAUUGAUACAUCUGUGUAUUAAGAAUACUUAAUUCAAGUUAUACGUGCUUUCUGGCCAAUCAAACAUAGUUCAUUUAAGCAAAACAAUCCAUUUCAUUUCAAUCACUGACUUAAUGUUUAUCUGUGUUCUAGCUCUUACUGUAAUUUAUUGUAUGCACAUUUAUAACAUAGAUAAGUUGACACCAGUGAUAGUGGUACAUGUCCUGUGCAUGUAUUUACAUUGCCAUGAAUUCAUCGAUGUUAUAUACCUGAUUUAUUUGGCUGAAUAUUCCCAAACUUUGUUGUGAUGUCCACUAUACUGUGUGUGAUCUGUGCCCUAGAAGUGUAACCGUUAUUUAUUUUUGACAGAGCUUAGUUUAUAUUGUAAAUGUUUGAAUCUUUGUGCUGAAUGUCUGCUGGGUAUUCUAUUAUUUGCAUAUUGUCACUGUGUUUUAUCCGCUUUUACCUCAUCUGUUUUUCAUAGUAAACAAGUGGAAAUAAUGACGUAGCUUUUGUGUCAUCGUUGUUGUGAAAAAAAAUCAAACCUUGGCCAUUACCCGAAACCUGUUUAAGGUAUUGGAUUGAAACUUUGUACACAUGAUGAUGUUGCCAGAAAUAAUGGGCAAAUGUUAAGCAAGGAUUGUAACUCCUGUGGCAUUUAUAAUAGUUGAGUUAUCCCCCCUUUUAUCUGAAAAAUAACAAACAAGCUUUGGUAUUCGUAUUGGCUCUCCUGUGUUUUUCUUAUCAUGGCUUCGUUCAGACUUUAAAAUAUAGUUGCAGUGUAAGCUUGGGAGAAAAAUAACUAUACAUUUGAUAAGUAGCUCACCGGGUAUUAAUGCUAUGCUUACUAAUUUAUCAUACUCGGACUAUAUUAUUGAAGAUGCUUUUAACUGUUUCCUACCAGUUGUUCACCUCUUUUGGAAACAAACGUUUUACUAAGUACUAUACCAUUUAAACAUACACCCCACCACAGGAAGGCACUUUCAAAUUGGACCAGCCCCAUUUUAGAAGUUUAUUUGACUUAUUAAAAGCUAAAAAUCAAACAGGAACUACCUUGUGUUUCUUUAUUUUGCCUUCCUGGAGUGGAUUGUAUCCUUAAAUGGAAAAGCCAUUUAACUAAAUAUUGCAAUUUCAUGUUAUUUUAUACAUCAACACAUUACAAGUUCUUACGCCCAUUUCCUGCUUUCCCUGUGUUUUCCAUAUAUAUUUUAACAUUGUCAGAAUGGAUUGAUACUAAUGAUUCUGUAAAGGAAGUCGGAUGUAAUGUUCGCCUUUUUUGAAUGGUAUUAAGCUUUUAUAUAAAGCGUAGAAGAAGGGAGAGGCUUUGUUGUUGUUGUUGUUGGCAUUGUUGUCCUACAAAAACUAUAAUCUUGACCAUAGUAUGAAGAAAUGGUACUCCAUGUGUAUUAUGAUAAAACCCAUGGCUAAAAAGGGCUAGAACUCUGACAAGAUAUUAAGCUAAUUCUCUCCCUUGAAUGAGAUAAAUGGACAAACUCUGCUACCCCGUUGUGGUGCUCCUAUAUAAAGUUGUAAAAAGAAAAAUGUGAAAUGAUUUUAAUGAUGUUUUGUUACUGAAGGGUUGAGCCAAAUAAGGCUUUGUAAUAUAUAUUUAAAUUGAUUUUUUUGUAUUCUAGUACUUGUAUUUCUUUGAUUAUUAGUACACGGUUUGUCUUAUUUGUAUGUUUUAUGUAUGAUUACAAUUAAAAUGUAAAGUAUUGCAAAAGCUG